GUGAUUAUGAUUUGAAACGUGUCAGGGCCAUAUGUACGCAUGAAAAUUGACAGAUGAAGUAGUCGGCGAUAUGUUGUAGUACUGUUUAUAAUAGUUUUAAAAUUAUGUUUAAGAAUUUAAAGAAAAAGUUGGAACAGGGCGUAGCGCAAUCGCCUCUGCGAGGAGCUCUGAAUGCCGUGACCAAGCAAACAGAAGAGGCAUCUCCAAGCCCAGGGGAACCCAUUGCAGAAAGUACACCAAAGAAAGAAAACAACGUAAACCAGAAUUUGAAUGCCGCAGAUAAUGUGGCGUCAGUGGGGGAGGGGGCCACCGUGGGGCAGCUGGUGGAUAUCCCCUUACAGGAGGAGAGUCCCAACACAACGAACGACUUUUCCUCGGCUCUGUCCCAGUUGCCUGCAGAUGACACGCCCCGAGCCGGUCGCUCACGGACAUCAUCCAUCAGUUCUGUUACCAGUGACUCAUUCUUCACAAACACAAGUUUUGGCCCACAGCAUCACUAUGCGUUACCGUCGGACGUAGAGAGUGAAGUGGAGGAACAAGUCUCCAGUCUGGACGCCUAUAGCAAGGAAGACCUGUACCAGCUGAUCCGGAAAUAUGAGAGGCGUUCCAUCAGAUACAAGUCCAAGUUCAUGGAGGUUGCUAACAUAUAUAAAGAUGUUGUGAAUGAAAGAGACAAAGUGAAGACCACACUGACCCAGACACAAGAUCGAGCUUUCAGGAGGAUAUCGGAACUUAAGGAGCAGAUUCAGCUCGACCAGCUCGCUAAGAAGGACCUGGAAGAGAAUUACAGGCUGAUGCUAGAGGAAAAAGAUGAACAUAUUAAAGUCUUCAGGACACAGGUGAGACUGUUAAGAGAAGGAAAGGAAAUUCCACCAGAACUUGAAGAACAGUUAAAGAGUAAAAAGUCCCCCUCUAAGGCCCCUGUAACGGGGGGCCCAGGAGGGGACGGGAGAAAAGAAGACAGUGAUGCACAACAGCUGACAGAAAAGGUCAAAAGAUUGGAGGGUUUACUGAGUCGUUGUAAAGAGACGAUUAGAGGCAAUAAAGAGAAGUGUGUUCAGUUAGAGGAGGAGAACACUAAACUGACGAGUGAAAUCAAAGAAUUAACAAAACUUAAGGGUUCUACCAGUCCAGACCAGUUAUCAAAACUUCAAAAGCAGGUCAAACAAGCUAGAGAGGUAAUUGAGCAGUUGGAAUCUGACAGAGAGCUUGCCAUUGCUGAAGUCAAACAACAGGUGCAUGAGGAAAUUCAGGCUAAGGAUGAGGAAGUUGUCAAGGCCAGGGAACAGGUGCAAAUAAAAGAUAGAGAUUUGGUUCAGGCCCGCCAGCAGGUAGAACAAUUCCAGCAUGAGAAUCAGGCAUUCCAAGAAAAGAUCGACAAAUUAGAGAAAGCAGCCAGAGAAAAAUUGGAGAAAUCGAGGGAGAUCGUUAAAAGGCUGAAGGAAGAAAAACAGAAACUGCAGGUAGAUAUGGAGGAACAGAUCCAAAAGAUGAAAGCAGAGAGUCAGGAAAGGAUCCAGAGCAUUGAGAAAACCAUGGAUGAAGAGAAAGAGAGUUUGGUUCAGGAGCUGUCAAAAGCCAAGGCAGCAGCAAUCAGCUGUAUGCAGGAGGAGACAGAGAAGAACGUGGCCAGCCGAGUGCAGGCCUCAAUGGAGGAGAGGGACCAAUACUGGCACCAAGUACUACUGGAUAAAGAGAAAGGUCAUGCCGAGCUGUCAGAGACCAAGGAAAAGGAACAUACUCAGUUGAUCAGACAGAUGGAGGAGGACACAGCUCGUAAACUGGCAGAAAAAGAACAGGAAAUGAGACUAGCAGUGGAGGAGAGAGACCUACAAAAAAUGGCUACCCUGUCACAGCAGGACUCCCUCAGGGACCAUCUCCAAAGUCAAGUGGAUACACUCUCUUCUGAAAAAGAAAGGCUAGAAGGAGAGUUGGUGGAACUUCAGAACACAGUUACGAAACUAUCAGCAGAGGUAGAGACCAAGAUCCAGAAAAUACAGGAUGAGGCAGCACACCAAUUACAAACCCUGGAGGCCACUCACAAAACUGAGAUGGAUGCAUCACUCCAUGAGAAGGACCAACACUGGCAGGAGAAGCUUCAGGCCGUAAUGGAGACUCACAAUGUGCAGAUGGCAGAGUUUACUCGUAAGCAGGAAGACGCCAUGCAGGGUGCCAACUCAGAGCUAGAGGGUUAUUACAAAGAACAGAUUAAGUCCAUGAAGUCAAACUAUGAGCAGCUUCUGCAGGAGAGAGCACAGCAGGUGGAGGCCAUGAAUCUGUCAAUACAGCAAGUCAAAGGGGAGAAAGAACAUGUGGAGAGAGAGUUAUCGGAGAAACAAGAGCAGUUAAAACACCACAAUGUGGCGUACGAAGAGCUGUUGACAGAAAGUACUAAUGCUCAGUCCAAAAAAGACGUUAGAAUCGAAGAACUGGGGUUAGAAUUGGAAACUUUGACUAAGAAUAUGGAAAAGUUAGGAAGAGAUAAAAAGGAUCUGGAGAAUGACAUUGUGAAAAUGAUAGAGCAGAAAGAAAAUCAGGAAAAGAGUUAUAGAGACAGGAUCUCCGAGCUCACCCAGGAGAACAGUGACACCAUGACAGCCAUAUCAGCGUCAUCCGACGAGAGUAUGAAAGCACUGACCAAUCAGAUAGAAGAGAAGGAUCAGGAGAUCACAGAACUGGUAGGGAAGUUACAGAAGGCAGAGCAAAAGGUUACAGAGCUGGAUAAGCAGUGUGAAAAAGUGGAAAACAAACUCUCCCAAUCUCACAAAGAGAAAUCUUUCUUAGAAGAAAAGAUCAAUAGUUUUGAAGUGUCGUUAUCGGAGUCCUUGAAAUUAAAUGACGAUUUAAAUCAGAAAGUGAAGGAGACUCAGGAGAUGUUCACCUCCAACCAGCAGCAGCUUCAGCAGGAGAAAUCCAGUCUAGACCAGAAGAUCACGUCACUGCAGGAGGCUGUCAGUGAUAGGGAGGAAGCCAUUGUACAGAAGGAAGAGGAGGUCCACACCAUGAAGAAAGUGGUGGAGGAAAACGCUGUAUACAUGAAAGAACUGGAGAGCAAAAUGAAGGAGAUGGAAACAGAGAAGCAUGAACUGUCAGAAAUUCUUGGAAGCAAAGAAGAGGAGAUAAACCAACAGAAAGAAAAGUUUGAUAGAUUGAGAACAGAAGCCAAAACUAGACUGAAGGAGCUGAAGGACAGUUUAGAUGAGAGUGGACAAAAGUAUCAGGAUUUGGAGAUAGAGAGGAAGAAUCUGAUAGACAAACACAAUGAAGAGCUGAGAGAUGCUCAGCAGAGACUGGAAGAGGAAAGGGUGAACCACCAGAGGCUAGAGGUCAGCUUUCAAGCUCAGUCAGAGGAAAUGACAUCACAGCACAAAGAACAAGUGAACAAACUCAGAGAAGAAUUCCAAGAGAAGCUAAAACAGAGAGAAGUAGAGUUUGAAGAGAAAUUGACAGAGCUAACCAAACAGAAAGAACUGAAUGCUGAGGAUCUUAUGCAGAACUUUGAAACGAGAAAGAUACAAGAGAUUGAACAGAUUGAGGAAAAUCACAAGAGAGAGGUGGAGAGUUUGGUUCAGGAUUGGGAGAGAAAACUUCAGAAGGAAAAGGAAGAAUUUGACAAAAUACAUGAAGGCCUGGUCAGUAAACACCAAGAGGAAUGUGCCAGAAUGACUGGAGACUACCAGGAAAAGAUGGCCGAGGUACAGUCUAAUCUAAAGCAGAGCAUCGCACAGAAGGAGACAAUGAUCCAACAUCUCAACUCAGACCUGAAAUCUGCUCAGGAAAGUAAGGAGACUUUGUUGACAGAAAUGACUGAGAGUCGCACUCAUUUUGAGGAAUCCAGCAAGAAAACUAUUGAAAAUUUGAAUUGGAAACUUCAAGAAGCAGAAGACAAAUUGGCAAAAAUGGAGGAAAAUAUGAACAGUUUAGAAACAGAGAGGAACAGCCUUGUAGAAAGCAAAGCACUGUCUUCAUCCAAGUACCAAGAAGAGAUAAAUUCAUUAAGAGAAUCUGAGCAAACGAACAAAGAGAAUUUGGCAGCUUUAGAGGAACAGGUGAAAGACUUAAGUCAGCAACUUUACACAGUGUCCGAGAAACAUGAAAAGGAGACAUCAGAAAAAGAUCAACAAAUUAAAAACCUAGAAGAUGAAAUAGACCAGGUUACCAACACAAACAGAUCCAUGGAGGAAAUGUUGAAAGAAGUGAAUGAAACUUCUCAAACUAAAGGUGAAGACUUGCAGGAAAAGGAGACUAAAGUCAAAGAAUUGGAAAAUAAAUUAGCAGAGAAAGAACAAGAAUUGACUCAGAAGUUAGAGCAGAUUCAACACCAGUGCAAUCAACAGAUCGAGAAAAUACAAAUGGAGAAAUCAAAAGGUGAACAAGAGUAUGAAAAGAGACUAUCAGAAAUGUCUGAAAAUGACACGGAACUGCAGGCAAUUCUGACUCAGCUGAACAGUAAGGUUAGCCAUACAGAGGAGAAACUUCAUGAUUGUAUUCAGCAGUACGAGUCCCAGAUAGAGGAAUACAAGCACAAACUAGAACAGCAGGAAGAGAGUGGGAAACUGGAGAUUCAGAAAGUGGAUGAACAGUGGAAGAAUAAGAUGCAGGAGCUGAAGCAGAAGUACAUGGCCAAACUAAAGGAGUUUCAGAAGGAGAACCAGACCAAGGUCAGUUCAAUGUCGCAGGAGUCGGGGGAGGUUCGGCAGAGAUUGACAGAGUUAGAGACAGAGCUGGCCCAGGAAAGGACAGAUAAAGAGGCCAUGUCAGAAGAACUGACUCACGCCAACACCAAAUUACUACAGCUGGAGGAGACGUCCGGGGAGUCCAAGUUGGCUAUCGUAGACCUGGAGAAGAAGAUUCAGGAGUUUGAGAAGGUGGCGGAGGAGAAAGAUCAAAGAAUCUUGCAGUUACAAGGACGGAUCCAAGAAUUGGAGUCUUUGGUUGCUGCAAAGGAAAAUGAGGUCAAGGACUUCAGGUUGUGUGUGGAAGAGAAAGAUAAAAUAUUGAGUGAAAAGGAAGUGAGGGUUGAACAGUUAAGUGAGAGAGUGGGUGAGUUGGAAAGUUUGUUGAAGGAAGAAGGUGUGUUGAGUGGGGAAUUAAAGAAAGAACUAUCAGAGGUUAAUAAUCAGCUGACUCAGCUGAAAUCUGAGUCUGAACAGCUUCAGAGUGAAAAGUCAGUAUUGGUCAGUGAUUUGAAAGGUCAAGGAAAUACACUUACUGAAUUACAAACCAAAUUAUCUGACAUUGAAGCAGAGAAAAGCAAAUUGCAUGAGGAGUAUGAGGCUAGGUUGUGUAAUGUACAAAACUCUAAAGAACAGUUAAUUGAGACGGAGAAAACUGUUCUUCAAUAUGAACAAAAUAUUAGUGAUUUAAAGAGUGAAGUAGAAAAAUUAGUGACAGAAAACAAUACAUUGAAGAUUUCAGUCACGGAAUUGUCUGACACAGACGCUAAACGUGGAGAGGAGUUAUCUAGUAUGGGUGAAAAAUUAGAGAGUCUGAUGAAAGAGAGAGAAGUGAUAACUGAACAAUUUAAACAGGAGAUAUCAGAGCUUCAGGAGAAGCAUUCCCUAGAGUUAGCCGCUAUGUCUUCCAAACUGGAGUCUGAAAAUUCCAAAAUAGCCGAAUACAAGAAAAAGGCAGAGGCAUACGUAGCAAACAUUAAGAAACAGAGUCAGGAGGGGAGCGAAAACAUCAAAAUGGAACUGGAGAAAAAGGUAGAAGGUCUGAUGGUGGAGAAGGAAACUGUGGAGGAGCAGAUGAAACAGGAACAGGCAAAGGGUGACGAAUUGGAAAGACGGAUAUUGGAGUUACAAUCCCAAGUGCAGAGUUUGUCAGAGGAGAGGCAGAAUAUUGUUGAACAGUUCGACAAAGAAAAGUUGCAUUUGUUGACUUUACAUGAACAAGAGAUUAAAAACCGUGAGUCUGUGAUAGCUGAACAUGUUCAGAAAAUGGAGGUGAUGCAAGGGAGUGAAAAUUCUGUGAAAAACAAGUUUGAGGAGGCAGCUUCAAAGGAAAGAGAGAUGUCGAAAACCAUAGACAGUCUGACACAGGAAAACUCCGCCUUGUGUGAAUCCUUAUCUCAGUUAAACAGGGACCAUUCUGAGGAACUGAAUUCUUUGAAAUCCAGAAAUGAGGAGUUGGAUUCGUCAUUGAAGAAAUUGCAACAAGAGUAUCAGGAUUAUAAAGUCAGCUCUGACCAGCAGACCAAGUCCUCUUCCUCCGGUCAGAAAGAGGAGCUACAGAAGAUGAAGGUCCACUACGAGGAGAUGUUAGAGGAUCGGGAAAACGAUCACACAUCCAAGAUCAAACAACUCGUCAAAGAGUUCCACCAGAAAGUGGCGGAGAAGGAGAAGGAGUUUGAGACCACUUUCUCCGAGGCCCUCAACAAGUCACAUGUCGGGGAGGACAGGCUAUUAUUAGAACACAAACAAGUGGUGGAGGAGCUGACUCGCGAUCUCCAGGAGAGGGACGACAGAAUCGACGAGGUCACAUUGGAGUAUGAAGCCAAAUUAAAGGAGCAGAGAGAUGAGUCUUCAUCUAAGAUCACUCAGUUACAACAAGAUUUGACAGAGUCCAAACAGCAACACCAGAUGGAGCUGUACGAAAUGGAGGAGAGGCUUAAACAAGCUCAACAGAGGGCACUGCAGCAGCAGGAAGUGGUUCAUAAAGAGGAAGUGAGUGCUCUCUCUCAGGAGUGGAACUCGGAGAGGAAGCAGGUGCCCCUGCUGCAUGCCAGUGGACCGAGUGUCAUAGAACCACAGGAAUUGCUUCAUCACAAUCAGCUGGCAAUAAAUGCUCUACAAAGUGGCUCAGGGAGUGCAACCAUUCUACAGCAACAAGUCAUGCAGCUUACCCAGCAGAUUCAGCAACUCAAAGAGCAACACAGACUGGAGCUUGCGCAGCUGCAAGGGAAUUUGGAAAUGCAGCACAACCAAACACCGCUACAGCCAAUCAGUAAAAGGAAACAUAUAACCUUUGAUCCCAAUGAUCCCAACAUGCAAUCCGAGUUUGAAAACCUGGAAGUAGAUAACAUGGAUCUUAAGGCCCAUGUUGCACAGUUAAAUGGUCAACUAGCUCAGAGUAAAAUCAGGGAAAAACAAUUAAUUCAGCAGUUGGAAUCUCACAAGGGAGGCCACUCACACUUUGGCAGGGAGUCUCCCCCAAUGAGCCCCGGUUAUCACACUGAUGGUACACCUGCAGGACCCCUACUGAGUGAAGCCACACAGUUAGAGUAUUUGAAGAACAUCCUCUUUCAGUAUAUGACGGGCAAACAGACAAAGACCCUGUCCCGUGUCAUUGCCACCAUUGUGCAUUUCACAGACGAGCAGACCAAGCGAAUCGUAUCAUAUGAAGAUUCUAAGAAUACAGUAAGUAUCACCAUUAUCUACAAAACUAAGGCAUGGGACAAAAAUCUAAAAGAAUAGUUUCAUCAUAGUUGUCAGAAACUGCUGUGCACACAGUUAUUCAUAUAUUAAGUGACAGAUGGGUUUCUAAAAGGAAUAUCACUAGCAAGAACUGGCUUGGAUUUCCCCAAAAAAAUCUUAAGUUAAAGUUUUGUUUUAUUUGAGCAGUCAAAAUCCGAGUAAAAUCUCAGACUUAAGUCCAAGUUUUGACUUAAGUUUCUUGCGAGAAAUCAGGCCUGAUUAUUAGGGUGAAAAUUUGAGAAUAUUUACAAAGGUAUUUUAAAAGUGAAAACUUUUGAAUUGACCUUAUUUAGUGAAAAAAAAGUGCAGUUCUAGUAAAAAAAAAAAUAAUAACCUGGAAUAAAAUUAAAUGCCCAACUAGACUUAACCCGCACUCUACAGAUCAGCAGUGGACAUGUUAACCUAGUGAGAUAUUGGGCUAGGUAAUAAGAUUUCCCGAUAUAUUUAAUUUUCCAUUUGAAAGUCAGCCAUAAUGACAAUGUGUGAUUUCUCUUUAACAGAAUUAAUCAUUCACGUGUUUUGUGGGUUACUCUAUCCUACCAAACUCAUCUAUUGCAUGGCUAAUGUGUAAAGCGUGCAUUUACCAACAAAUCAUUUAAAUUUCACUGGAUACAUUAUCAAGAUAGCAAUGUUCAUUUGAUCCCCAAUUUGAAAGUUAAAGCUUGAAAAUGUGAUUGGCUUCUUUUCAACCCACCAAUUCACAAAAUGAUGGUGUUUUUUUGCUCUAAGAUCUCAUUUUCCAUUGAACCUGCAGGUAUAACGGAGAGAGUGAGUUGGGUUUCCUUUUCCUUGUAAAACACACCCCCUGCUUCCUCCUCUCAUUCUCACCUUUUUCAUUUCUUUGAUUGGUGACAGAUUUUGAAUGUUUUGCUGGGCAGUUUAUUUCAGUUUAUUUCUGUACAGUAGUUUGUGAAAUCCUGGGAUUUGGUGAAUGUGCAGAAUUUUCUUUUGACAGAGAAAUGAUUUUUCAAAAUAAAUUGACAUUCUGUUUAACAUACUACACCUAUUUAAAGAAUUUUCUCAGCAUGAUGGUUUUCAGUAAUAGCUACAUGAAGUAAUUGUUGUUAGUUUGUAUUUAUAUUGAGUUAUGUUUAUUGUGUGUGUGGGAUUUUUUUUUUUAGCGCAUGGUGCUUUCUAAUGUCUGAAAUGACAGAAUGAAAUUAAUUCUAGUUAAAUGAUUUUUGCUAUACAAUUCCAGUGGCUCUCCUCACCAUGAGUGAUUGAACAGAAUUGUGGGAUUGAACAGGAUUGUGGGAUUGAAUAGAAAUGUGCCAAAACUGUGUACAUAUCAGCAACAUGUGAUACUCAGUAUGUAGCAGUGUAUAGCAACAUCCCAGGAUGCAUUGGACCAACCCUCUCCAGCCUGAAGACAGAUUCAAAUUUCCGUUGUCCGGGGGAAUGAGUGAUGCUGGACUUGCAUGUUUCUUUAGCCUUGAACUUUGGAACAGUAAUCCAGCUGUUUUCAAGGAUAUGAGGGACAGUACUAGAGUACUCCAGAUAAGUGCUGUGUUAACGGUGUUCUCUCAUACUGCGAUUUACACUAUGUUCAAACAUUCCUAGUCUUCUACUGCUUUGUAAAGGGAACCAAAAUGUCAUUCACAAGCAGUGAGUACCUGUGACCAAAAUCUAUUUUGUUACUCAUACUUUCACAUAUUCAAAAAGUUUAAUUUGUUCCAUUAGGAGAGCAAUAAAAUCUUGAGAAAAAUACAUAUUGGUGCAUGAAAUAGUUCACGAUCAGUGAAAUAUUUGGAUGAUGGUUUGUGAUAUGCUUGCUUAUUUAAUAUUAGAUGUUGGACAUAUGAAAUAUUUAGAAUAAUUAGGAUAUAUAAUGAUGGCGUGAAGAAUAUUUACAAGAAGAUGGCAUUUCAUUAUUUACAUAAUAUUAUGUACUUGACAUUUAUGUUGUAUUAAGGAGCAAUGAUACACUAAACGAAUGGGGGUUUUUUUGUUUUUUUUUGGGGGGGGGGGGCCAAUAAUUUCAUGCCUGGUGUUUCAUUCAAAUGAUAAUGAAAUAAUAGAUAGGGUAUCAAUGUUGGUAUUUUUGCUUUUCUACAAAUUAAAUUCAGAUUUUGCAAAGAAUAAAAUGGAAGAAAUGUAAAGGUCUCUGAUAGGAUUUGAACCCCUCUCAAACGGUUUAGACUCUCUGCCAUUAAUAAAGUCUGCUUGAGGAUAUCUCUUAAUUACCAUAGCAUAUACCCACCAGGCAUUUAGAAUUCAAACAUUUUAAAACAUAAUCACUCAAACUGCGAAAACAUCUUUUGUUUUCUGGGUGUAUGGUGUAUCAAGAGUCCUCAAGUUUAAAAUAAUCGCAAGUGGAGUUGUGAACAUGUACAUGUACCUGACUUCAGUAAUAAAUUGAGGGAUUGUACAUUACUAUAAUCGUAAGUGGAGUUAUGAACAUGUACCCGACUUCAGUAAUAAAUUGAGGGAUUGUACAUUACUAUAUGCAUAGGCAAAACUAUCUAAAAUUGUUAAAUUUUCUACAUGCUGUAUUCAAGUCAGGAUAUUUACAUUGCCAAUGUGUUUGCCUUGGAUAUCUUUACACAUUGUAUUGAUAACCAUUUCCUCAUACAUGCACUGCAGUUGUAAACGAUGCAUACAUGGAUUUUGAGAAAUAUUGUACUUCUAUUUUAAUGGUUGUUAAUUCCAACAGAAAUGAAAGUAGAAUGUAAAUAAUAAAAAAAAUAGAUUUCAUUUUUGAAAAUUUGUAAAUACAUGAGGGUAUGAACUGCAAUGCUUGACUCUAGCAUACAUUUCAUGAACCGCAUGAUUUAUAUGCGGGCAUGAAGCUUCUCAAAUCAUACCCUCACAUAUUUUCAGAAAUGAAAUUCAUUUCUUAAAUAUACCUCUCUCUCUCUACCUCUCUCUCUCUCUCUCUCUUUACCUCUCUCUCUCUCUCUACCUCUCUCUCUCUCUCUCUCUCUUGUAUGCACUGGGCAGUGCUCCUGGGGUGUGCCAGUUCAUAGGGCUAGUGCAAUCAUUUCCACAUUUUUACAAUGUCUGAUUUUAUAAACUGGAAAAUGAACUCUCAAUUUUUUUUGGGGUUGGUAUAGGUUGUCAAUUUCCUACAGCUAGUUUUACCUUAUGCAUUUAAAUUGUUUUGAUUCGAACACAUUUCCUGCCUAGCAAGUUCUUCCUAGUUGUUUUUCAUUGGAUGUUCAUGAUUGAUUGAAAAUAUUUACUGUUACAUUUAUUACUAUAUUAUCAUUAUAUAUCUAAAUAAAUAUUGAUGUACUUUA